AUGUUUCUCACCAAUCUCAUCUCCACUGCGCUCCUCUGCGCUGGCCCUGCCCUCGCCGUCUACACCAUCCCAGCCCACCUCCCAGACGGCACAUACAACGUCCACUUCCCCAUCGACUCAUCCAACAACUCUGCUCUCGAUUUCAAAAAUCCCAUUGUUCGUCGCGUACCAGGAAGAAUCCCUCCGCACAACCAGGUUCCCAAGGAAUUCCAAACCCCGUCUGACGCAGACCUGAGCCGGCUAAAGCCUCCUCUACGGGAUGAUCUCAUGUAUCUCUAUACCCACGCAAGCCACGAAGAAAGAACCAAGGAGUAUCCAUUGACCGUCUCCGAUCAUGACUGUAACUAUAACAUGCGACCGAUGAAUCGAGACGAUUGGAACCAGGCGCGCCACUACAUGUAUGAAUACUGCGACAAGUUUCUUGUUCCCGCGCGCACGCGCCACAUCACCGUGUCCAAGCACGGAACGGCAGCUGCCUAUGUGUGCAAUUACUCCAAAGAGCUGCGCGUGUGCAGUAAACCAGAGUUCCAGUGGGCAGAAUUCCACUGGCUGGACAUGCGCUGUGGUGAGUUCCGCCCAGGAUGGGUUGAGAUGUCAAAGCAGAAAAAGAUCUAUGGCCGCGCACAUGUGGGCAUGUCAAUUUGCAGCAAGCAUAGUCGUCUCCACGAUGCUGUCUGGGACUAUGAACAUCUUGCGUAUUUCCUAGGCGAGGACCGCUUGCACUAA